AUGGAGGCUGAGCGACUGGUGGAACCUUUUUCGAUAUUGGAAAUAAAGUCAUCAGUUUGGGAGUGUGAUGGCGAUAAGGCCCUGGGGCCGGAUGGUUUUAAUUUUAAAUUUUUGAAAAGAUGUUGGGUUGGGCUUGAAGCGGAUUUUGUGGCUUUCUUUAAUAAGUUUCAUCUUGGUGGAGGCUUGAAUCCUGGCUGCACCGCAUCCUUUAUAGCUCUUAUUCCGAAAGUGAAGGAUCCAAUGGGCUUCUCGGAUUUUAGGCCGAUUAGUCUAGUGGGGUGUAUCAAUAAAGUUCUGUCUAAAGUUCUUGUGAAUCAACUGAAAGAGGUAAUUGGUAAACUUGUGUCACCUGAGCAAUCAGCUUUUCUGUCGGGUAGGAGCAUCCUUGAUGGGCCGUUAAUGCUGAAUGAAAUUGUCAGAUGGUUAAGAAAAUCUAAUACUAAGGAGAUGUUGUUCAAAGUUGACAUCGAUAAGGCGUAUGACUCAAUAAGUUGGGGUUUUUUAGAUUCUGUGCCGGUGUUGGUAAAUUUAUGGAAAGUGGAGAAAAAGCUCCAAAAGCUGAAGAAUCGAUGA